AUGGAGAGCCAUCACCACUCCCCCCACAACAACGACCGUCUCGGCUGGCACAUGCUGCCCCAUGAGUUCGUCAACGACACCUUCUUCGACCACAAGCCCGCCUGGCAAUGCCGUCUUGAUAAAGACCAUCUCGCUCCUCCCGACAGCUCGUCGGAGCUCACCCGCAACGGAUCCAUCAGGUCGACCGCCAGCCUCGACAGCUGCGACUCUGGAUACAGCACCAUCCCGCCAUUGUCCCCCAUCGGAGACCUGAGCCAGCCGCCAUGGAGCUUCGGUCUCCUCCUGGAAGACGACGAGCAUGGCGAGCAGCUGCGUUCGACCUCGCCGGCCUUUGAUUCCUGCAGCGUGACCACCGAGGUUGCUCCCGGCGACAUGGAGAAGCCCAGGUUGGAGCGCCGGCCGCACACCAAGAUUCGCAGGGGUUGCUCCGACUGCAAAAUGAGACACGUCAAGUGUCAAGAAACGCAGCCAUCAUGUGGUAAUUGCGUCAAGAGAGGAGUAAAGUGCGAGUACCCUUCUCUACCUCGCAUCGUCCGCCAAGAGAGCGGCUUGUCAAGUCUGGUCGCCCCGACCGAAUGCUCGGAACCUAAUAGUUCGUUUACGGUUGCUUCCGCGCAGUCUCUGGACAGUGGAAUUGAUAUGGACAGCGGUAUCGAGAUCAAUGACCUACUCGGGGAAUGGCCCCAGUCCCUCCUCCAAGACCACUUCCCAGAAGACUGCCCAGAGCCUGGUGAAGAUAGAAAUAAUUUCCGGAGGUCUGUUACAUCGCGAUCGCCUGAAAGAUCCCUCGACCAUCACGCCGAGAACGAACAACACGAUCAAGAGAUCCACGAGGCUUCGAUCAGCAGUCAGGUAGAGGCUUCCGAAGAGCCUACCCUCCCACCUCCAGUCCCCGAGGAUCCAGAAAACAUUACUUUUGAUGCUCGGCUUCCGGACACAGACGCUUAUGCAGAGUCUACGCAGGAGCUACGCAGCAUCAUGGCCAUUGUGGACCGUUGCUCAUCAGGCGAGUCUUCGCUCGUCUCAACCCGCGUCCCCUCGCCCUGGCAGGAAGCAGCCAAUCUCGUCUUGAGUGAGCAGCAUAGGAUCAAUGAGCACCUGUCCAGGUCCCUGGAGUGGAUCCUCAGCAGGAACGAAGACGACGAUGAAUCUGCCCCUGAGUCAAACCCAGAGUCGGCCCCAAACGUCCCAUCCUCACUGCCGCCCUUGACUGAGUUAUCCGCGGACGGUGGGAAGAAGCGCGUGAUUGAUGCGCUCAAUGCCCAUGUCCCCGAAGGCCACUCCCAAAAUUCAAAGAGGCGCAAAACUACCGUCUGCCCAACAAACGACUUCGCAGUUGAUGAGUCCGCCCCGUCCGAUGAUCCCGGCUCGUCCUCUCACCAAACUUCCAGCCAGUCCUCCUCGAUGAACAGGACAUCCUCCAGGCGUAACACGGGUGCGAGCCGAGCACGGCGCACCAGCAACGAGGGGCCAGGUCGCAGUGACGAGGACGAGGCGAAUAAUCGACCGCCGCCACCAGGACAACCGAUAUCACCGCCGUACGAUUCCCUACGGCAGUCCAAGCGGCCGAGGUACGCCUGCCCAUACAAUAAGUGGGAUCCCAUCGGGUGUCAGCUAUGCUGCAUGCCCAGCCGGAAGAACCCAGAGGGAGGGGCAGAGGGUUUCUCAAGGGUCAAAUCCCACAUCUUCCGAAACCACGACAUCACGGUGCGAUGCCAGAAGUGCUGGGCCUCGUUUCCCACCAAGUCGGAGACGCUCGACGACCACGUCCGCAAGAACGGGUGCAUGCGCAAGGCGUCGCCGACCAAGUACUGGAUGACCGAGGACCAGCGGAGGCAGGUACGGGGACAGCGCUUCGUGAGCGGAGGAGAGGAGAAUUGGUAUCAUCUGUUCCGGAUUCUCCUCCCCGAGGCGCAGUUGCAGGAUGAGCUUGGAAGCUAUCUUUUUACCCCUUUAACUGUAGACUAUGUGCCACUCUCUGGGAGCAGGACGCCGUCGAACUUGUCUGGUUCUGCGUCUCAGGUAGCUGGUAUCCCACUCCCAAUGUCGGGGAUGCAGACGCCCAGCGGCCACGGAUUCAACGCUUCUCUUUCACAUCUACCCAACAUGCUCCCGAUGGCAGACCUACCCACAGUCCUAGACGACACCUGGUCCCAAAUACCCGCAUACAUGUACGACGCCGACGUCGCCGUCAUCGACGACCCUCACAUCCCACCACCCAGCCAGCCCAACGAGGACGUCAGCACCACCUCCAUAGACCUCUACCCAACCCCCCGCACCCGGCGUCACUCAGACGAGUCCGGCGAGUCCGGCUCGGGCCACGUCUUCGGCCGCCACAGCCGGACCAGCAGCGGCAACGAGAGCAGACGCCCGGCCGUGCAGACGCCGCCCCAGGACGCGUCCUCCGCGUUCCUCCGGCUGGACAAUGAGCGGCUGCGGCGGAGCGUGACGCAGGUGAGAGGGGAGAGGGACGACAUGCGGCGGCGGAUGGAGGCGGCGAACGGCCGGAUCGACUGCCUGGAUCAGCUGCUCGAGGAGGCGCUAUACGAGGAGGGGAAGUCGUCGAAGCUGUGCUCGAAGCUGUUUGAGUUGAGUAAGAUGCUGGUGGACCUGAGGAAGGAGUUGGGUUAG